AUGGGAGACCUGGUGUUCCACCACCUGUUCUGGGAAUGGGGCCCAGUCCACCCCGUUCCCGCCCUCCCCCUGGCCUCCUCACCUGUCUUCUGCCCUAUAUUAGAGCCCCAGGCUCUGCGUCACUCUAUCAUCUCAAAAGUCACGAUGCUCUGGCUGCUGAGUUCCCUCUUAUUUGUGGCUCUUGGAGGGGGUCUCAGCUUGUACCUGGGGCAUGACUGUGGGGGCUUUCGGCUCCGUGCAGAGCAGGAGAACAGGGGGAACCCGUGGAUGGACCAGCUCAGCUUUCGGGAGCACCCAAAGGGCUAUGGCGGGAGUCCUCGAUGGGGCAGUCAACAAACCUCAGGCCACGUCCAAACUGCCUACAAGCCCGGGAGCCGAGUUGUCAAUGGUGAGGACGCGGUCCCCUACAGCUGGCCCUGGCAGCUCCGCCAUUGUAGCCUGAAAGCAGCCAUAGGCUAUACAGGAAUAACCAGGGUCUCCCUGCAGUAUGAGAGUAACGGAGCCUUCUACCACACCUGUGGCGGCACCCUCAUCGCCGAGGACUGGGUUAUGACAGCAGGUCACUGCAUCUCGAGCUCCCUAACCUACCGGGUGGUGCUGGGCGAGUAUGACCGGUCUGUGGAGGAGGGCUCGGAGCAGGUGAUCCCCAUCAACUCUGACGACCUCUUCGUGCACCCCAAGUGGAACUCCAACUGCGUGAUCUGUGGCAAUGACAUCGCCCUCAUCAAGCUCUCGCAAAGCGCCCAGCUGGGAGACGCCAUCCAGGUUGCCUACCUCCCCGCCGCUGGGGACAUCCUGCCCAAUGAGGAGCCCUGCUACAUCACCGGCUGGGGCCGUCUCUAUACCGACGGGCCACUCCCCAACAAGCUGCAGCAGGCCCUGCUGCCCGUGGUGGACUAUCGGCACUGCUCCAGGUUGACCUGGUGGGGCUUCAGUGUGAGGAAGACCAUGGUGUGUGCUGGUGGGGACAUCCGCUCCGGCUGCAAUGGUGACUCUGGAGGACCCCUCAACUGCCCCGCGACAGAUGGCACCUGGGAGGUCCAUGGUGUGACCAGCUUUGUUUCCUCCCGUGGCUGCAACACCCUCAAAAAGCCCACGGUAUUCACGCGUGUCUCAGCCUUCAUCGACUGGAUUGAGGAGACCAUAGCGAGCCACUAGAAGCCAGGCCGGCUGGCAGUGCUGACCCCACGUCCUUCAGAAAGAAUAAAGAUUUCUUGAAAAGCC